AUGUCGUCAGACUACACCUAUGAUGAGCAGGGCCAAUUCUUCCCCUUCUUCAUCCUCACCUUGACCGGACUGGUCACCCUCCCUCUCACCUAUAACCUCCUACGACCCAGCAAAGAGCUCGAGAAUACCGCUCCCCGCAUCAAAUCCGAUUUCAAACCAGAACAUGCCGACCUCAUCGACGCGCAGAAGCGCAAGCGCCUGCGCAAGGAGCGCCGGAUCAAGCGCAUUGUCACCGUCAUCCUCGGAUAUGCCGUCAUGGCAUGGAUGGUCUAUCUUAUUGUUGUCACGGCCAGAACAGUGACCAAAGCUUACGACCCGUAUGAUAUAUUGGGUGUUGCGAGGAGCGCAGAUGAGAAAGCGAUCUCCAGACACUACAAGCGCAUGUCUUUGAUUUACCACCCCGAUAAAAUCCGCCCCGACCCCGCCAAAAAUGAGACCAUGGAAACCCUCAAUGAGCGUUUCGUCGAGCUCACCAAAGCCUACAAGGCUCUUACUGACGAGGAAGUGCGCAACAACUACCUUCAAUUCGGCCACCCCGAUGGCAAGCAGAGCUUUAGCAUUGGUAUCGCGCUUCCCCAGUUCAUUGUCAUGGAUGGUAAUGGCAAGUACGUUCUUUUGGUCUACGGCGCUCUUUUGGGUGUGCUUCUGCCAUAUAUUGUCGGCAAGUGGUGGUAUGGAUCCCAGCGCUACACCAAGGAGCGCGUUCUUGUUGCUAGCGCCGGGAACAUUUUCCGCGAGUACAAGGACGACAUCACCGAAGGUGGUGUCGUUAGCGCUUUAUCGUCUGGUGAAGAAUUCAAGGAUAUGCUUAAAGGCGCUCGGGCCGAAUCUGGGCUGGCCAAGCUCGAGAAGCGAGUUUUGUCUGAUGACAACUCAUUCCUGUCGGACAAGGACCGCACCGCACUGAAGCAAGUGGACAGUUCCUCACGUCGCAAGUCCUUGGCUUUGUUGUGGGCUUACCUUGGUCGUAUUGAUCUUGGCGAUGCCUCUCUUGAUGCUGAAAAAUACGAAGCCGCACCUGUCGCCCUCUCUCUCACUGAAGCUUUCACUGCUAUCGCUCUCGCAUUUGGCAAUCUUGGACCUAUUGUUGGCGCUUUCAAAACCUCCCAGAACCUCAUCCAGGCUGUGUCUCCAGGCUCCUCACCACUACUGCAACUUCCCAACUUCACCGACGCUAUUGUAAAGUCCGUGGAGGGUGAAGACUCCAAGGAACACAUCACCGUUCAGAAGUACAUGGAAAUACCAGAGGCUCAACGCCGCAGUCUGACUGUUGGCGCUGGUCUUCUCUCCGAUAAACAAUACGUUGACGCCAUCUCCGUCGCCAAACAACUCCCUUACCUCCAACCCGAAAGAAUCUUCUUCAAGGUUAUGGGAGAGAAAGUCAUCACACCCAGCAGUCUGGUACAGCUGGUUGUCAAGGCACGGUUUAUCCCACCAGGCAGCACGUCCGUGCCGCCGGUGAAUCAACUCGACCUUGAAGACAUUGACCCAGAUGAGGAUGAUCUGGAAGCGCUAAUGGGCCGCAAGCCGGCUAAGAACCGCGUGCCCAAGAUGGUGGACGGCAAGAAGGUCGUCGAGUCUAAGAUCGAGACCAUUCAGCCCCCUCUUGCCCACGCCCCGUACCUGGCCCGCGACCACUCCCCACGCUGGAAUAUUUUCCUGGCAGACGCCAAGCAGGGCAAGAUGGCCGUGCCGCCUUUCACGUUCACCACAUUCGACAAGCCGAUCUUCGACGAAGCCGGCAAGCCCACCUACAACGUCCAGACACUCAAGAUGCAGUUCCAGGCUCCCCCACAGGUUGGCGACUUCACUUUCGUCCUCCACAUGCUCUGUGACAGCUACCUGGGUCUCGACAACACAGCACAGAUCACCUUGCACAUCGACGACCCCGCCAAGGCUGCGGCUGUGGAAGAGGAAGACGACAUCAGCGAGCCUGACGAGGACUCUAUUGCCGGACAAAUGCAAGCUAUCAAGACAGGCCAAGCACCCAAGAAGAAGAGCAGGGAUUCCGACGACUCCAGUGAGAGUGACACCGACGGCGACGCAGGCGAUACCAGCGAUACCGACACAGAGACGGAAGACGAGGAUUGA